GGCGUCGGGAGAGAUUGUACCAUUCUCCCAGCUGCUAAAUAGGUUGUGGUAGAAUCCACCUAGGGAACUCAAAAUAUAACGCGUCAUAAUUUUCUCCCACUCGUAUCCCCUUUUUUAUUCUUGUGGCUUUAUAGGUUCGUAGCCGCUGCUCACACGAUCUCUUGCACCCGAAGACGGGACCCCCCUCCCUCCGCUUUCCUUAUAGUCCGCGCCGCCCCGAUCCCAGGCUCCCGGUGUCAUGGCAGCUCCGAGAACCUGUUAACUGAGGGCUGCGUUACGGCGGGGGACGAGGGUCACAAGGUCUCGCCCCGCGGCCGGGGCGGCGGGGAAUCGGAGCGGGGCUGAGGGGGCGGGGGCGCGGGGAGGGCCUGCGGCGUCUCCGCGGCGAUGGCGGCUUCGGGGAGCGGCAUGGCCCAAAAGAGCUGGGAGCUGGCCAACAACAUGCAGGAAGCCCAGAGCAUCGACGAGAUCUACAAGUACGACAAGAAGCAGCAGCAGGAAAUCCUGGCGGCCAAGCCCUGGACUAAGGAUCACCAUUACUUUAAGUACUGCAAGAUCUCAGCCUUAGCCCUGCUGAAAAUGGUGAUGCAUGCUAGAUCAGGAGGCAACUUGGAAGUGAUGGGUUUGAUGCUCGGGAAAGUGGAUGGUGAAACCAUGAUCAUUAUGGACAGUUUUGCUUUACCAGUAGAGGGCACAGAAACUCGAGUUAAUGCCCAAGCCGCUGCAUAUGAAUAUAUGGCAGCAUAUAUAGAAAAUGCAAAACAGGUGGGUCGACUUGAAAAUGCAAUUGGCUGGUAUCACAGCCACCCUGGCUACGGUUGUUGGCUCUCUGGGAUUGAUGUUAGCACCCAGAUGCUCAAUCAGCAGUUUCAAGAACCAUUUGUAGCAGUAGUUAUUGACCCAACAAGAACAAUAUCGGCAGGAAAAGUGAAUCUUGGUGCCUUUAGGACCUACCCAAAGGGCUAUAAACCACCAGAUGAAGGUCCCUCUGAGUACCAGACCAUUCCACUUAAUAAAAUAGAAGACUUUGGAGUACAUUGCAAACAGUACUAUGCUUUAGAAGUCUCUUACUUUAAAUCAUCUUUGGAUCGAAAAUUGCUUGAACUUCUGUGGAACAAAUAUUGGGUAAAUACUCUGAGUUCUUCCAGCUUACUUACGAAUGCAGACUACACCACUGGACAAGUCUUUGAUUUAUCUGAAAAACUAGAACAGUCAGAAGCCCAGCUUGGACGAGGGAGUUUCAUGUUGGGUUUAGAAACACAUGACCGAAAGUCAGAAGACAAACUUGCUAAAGCAACAAGAGACAGCUGUAAGACCACCAUAGAAGCUAUCCAUGGAUUGAUGUCUCAGGUUAUUAAGGAUAAACUUUUCAACCAAAUUAAUAUUUCUUAAAGAAUGCCACCAAGUAGUUACUCAUUUAUGCUUUCUUAGAGGUAUUUCCUUUGUUUGACAGCUAGUAUGAGAAAAAUUACUCAAGUUUAAUUGGUCAUCAAAAAUCUGAUUUGCAGAACAAAGUGCUUUGAAAUUCUAUUAGUCGUAUUAAAAAUAUUCCAGAAGAUUGCUUUGGAAAACUUCUUAAGAAGAAACUAAAGAAUUGUCACUUAGAUAUUGGCUUUUAGUUAUUUAUACUGAUCACUGACCUAUAAUAAAAAUUUCUUUAAAAUGAAAGAUUCUUUUCUUUGUACUUUCUGCAUUAUUCUAAUGUUCUUAAUAAGAGAAACUUGAAUAAGUUUAAGGAAGUCCUUUGAUUUUUGAAAGAUUCUGCCAUUUCUUUCUAAACUUAUCACAAGCUUUUGGUAAGACUUUGUGACACUUUAUUUCAAAACCACAUUCUGUUUUAUUUUAUUAGUGAAAACCAGAAAUCUCCUUAAAAAUGCAGUUUAAAGCCAUCUGUUUCUUCCAAGAUAUUUUCCCCUAAGUUCUCAUCAUGAAAUGUUUCCUUUAAAAAGUCAAGCAAUUUAGAGAUGACUUAAAAUAUAACUUUUAAAAAUGACAUAAAUUAUAUAAAUGUAUAAAAAAGAUAAAACAAAUACCAAUGCUGGUUACAUCUUAGUGUUUUGUGUUUAAUUUUAUCAGUCUUCAUUUAUAUUUAAAAACUGAGUAGGCACAAUCUUACAUAUUGUUGGAAUCAGUCUAGCACCUGGUAGUAAGAAUAUCUUAGAAUUUUAAAGCAAUUCAGCUGUAUAAAUGAUUGAAUUUGUUUAUUGAAAUUUGACACAAUAACAUUUUUUCACACCAUAUGGAAAGGAAAUUGAUAUAGUGGGAAGAAUGAUACAUUUAAUAUCAAGGAUCUGUGUUUAAAUCUGGGCUCCUAGUCACCUGUGUGCCUGGGCAAGUCACUUGAGGUCUCUGAAACUCUUGUCUUCUGAAACAUCUGCGAAAUAAGGAGGUUGGAAUAUAAUUGACUUCUAAGGGUCCCUUCUAGCUCUAAUUUAUGAUCCUUUUGUCCAGAUGUGGUUUUUUUUUCCCCCAACUAUUCAUAAAAACUUUUCUUUAUUGGAAUAUAUCUAAUGUAUUGCAUGUGGAACUGGUUUGAUAUCACUUGAAAUGUCAGGAAUAAGAACCAAAGUAGACAACACAAGCACCCUGAAAUUGGAUGUGUCAUCAUUUUUUGUGUGUUUGGAAGAUAAACUCUGACGCCAAACAUUUUAUCUGUAGCCCAUUUGUGGGAUCAAGGUCAAAGAUUAUUUUUACAAAUUAGUUACAUCUAGCUAGAGUUUUUGAUGUUAAGCAUUCGUUGCAUUGUGCAUAGAAUAAUAAACUCUUCAGUAGUGCAGCAGCCACUUGAAAAUAAACACAGCAGAACAAGAACAUAGGUACUUCACAAUAAGACUAGGUAUUGGAGGCUUAUGUACCCUACAGGUUCAUUUUCCAAAAACUUGUGUGAAUGAUGAGGUACAGAUGUACCAGUCAUGUUUGCACGUAAGAAUUCGUUUAUUUUGCUAAUGUCUGCAUUGUAUCUGAAUGUAGUUGAAUAAACUGAACUGAAUACA